GGGCAUCGGUGGCCGAACGUUGGACGGACACAAACAUACAAACAUACAUACAUACACAAUAUUGUCCGGUGUGUAAAAGUCGGAACACUCACUUCCGGAUCAACACCAACAGCGACUCGUACGCCUCGUUCUUGAGUUCUUUGUUCUUGUACUCCGGGUCCUUGAUCCGCCACAGGCAAGUGUACGACUUGUACUCUUCGAUAAGUUCCAAUAUGAGUUUCCUCUCCAUGGCCACGACCAUGCUACACGACAACCGCGACAAGCGAAACCGCGGACCGACCGAAAACGAUUAGCAUAGGUAAUCCAAAAACCGGCACGGUGUAUUAUCGUAUGCGUCCAUACUACAAUAACACGUAUAAAAAUACUGUAAAACAAUGUGUGUGGUGUGUGUGUGUACUCGUUUUAGUCGGACGGGUCGGACGUGCACGAAGAACGAUACGACAGUCGGUACUGGCCGACGGUCGGCGACCGAUUUUUUGUGCGGUCGACGCGGCCGCCGACGGUUGGCCAACCUGUGGUGGUGGCGAUCGCACGACCCACGACAGCGGCGGUCACGACGACGGCCGACGGCGCCGCAACCGACAUGUCACCGCCAACGGCUUGCCGGCGAACUAACGUUGCGCAAUACGAGUUGUGAGUUACGAGUUAUGAGAAUAAUAUUAUAACCGACUGAAUCCACAACGGUGUCGACCUGAUCAUAAUUACACUUUCACCAUGGAACAAUGGCAAAAGAUCACCGUCGUGACCACAGUCUAUGCUUUUUUCAUAGAAAUCAAACCCCUGGAUCAGUUUCUGACCGCAUACUUGACCGGUCCGGACGUCAACGUAUCACUCGCAGAGGUAACAAACGAACUGACGCCGACCAGAGUGUACUUGGGGUUGGUCAGCUCGGCGCUGGCUUUUUUGCUGUCCGACUACUUCCUGUACAAACCCGUCAUGGUCUUCAGCGGACUGCUGGGAAUGCUGUCGUUUGUCAAUUUCGCCCGUUCGCCUUCCAAACUUCAAUUAAUAUUCGCCGAGAGUUGCUUGUCGCUGUACUUUUCCGUCGAAACAACGUACUACAGUUAUCUUUACGCGAGCAUCAAAGACAAGACACACUAUCAGCUGGCCACCGGUUGCGCCAAGGCUGCCAUGUUGACCGGCACUUGUGUUUCAGGACUUCUCGGCCAGCUCGUCGUGUACUUCGGCCACGGCAGCUACACCGCUCUGCCCUACAUAAGUCUCGCGGGCUUAACGAUUGCGUUCGCGUGGGCUUGCUUCAUGCCGCCCGUCAAGUUCAACAAUUACUUCCACGUGCCCGUCCCGGAAGUCCCCGUGUCCUCGAAAACAGCGUUGUACGACAGCGCCGUACCCGGCUACGCGGGUUCGGCUACAACCGAUCGUUUGCCGCGGAAACCAAAGCAAACGUCCCGGUUAGCCAGCGCGUUGGCGUGCAAAUACGAGAGCCUCAAGCUGUCUUACUCGGAUCCGGUCGUCUUGAAAUGGUCGUUUUGGUACAUUCUAAGUUUGGGCACAUACAUAGAGUUGUUGUUGAACGUCAACAUAUUACUGACGUACAACGCAGAUGAGACCAACGACCGGAGCAUGCUUUUGAACGGAAUGGUCGUAUCCAUCAUGACAUUGUGUGGCGCGUUGUCCACGUACAGAAUUGGCAAAGUGGAUGUCGAUUGGGACCGUUGUGGCGAUAAGUUUCUUGGAUACGGUUCUCUCGUGCUAAGCAUGCUGACGGGCCUUUGUUGCUUCACGAGGAACGACUAUUUCGUGUACGUCAUGUUAAUCGGCUAUGGGACCUUAGUGCAAUCCAUGUUUGUGAUCAGCAUAUCUGAGACGGCAAAACGACUGCAACAGAACCUCUAUGCCUUAGUGAUCGGAUUCAACGUUUUCGUGGCAGUCUCUUUGGCCACAUGUUUCUCGGUGGUCGUCAUCGAAAUGAACGUUUUCUAUACUACCGUUCCGCAACAAUUUUUGUUUUACGGCGGACUCUAUUUGUUUAUGGGAAUAAUAUUCAUAAGCUCUAGUAUUGUCAAGUCCAAUAACUCAAGAGUCCUUUUAUGAACGUGAGAUCAUAGCAUUACAUGACUCCACUGGUUUGGAAUUGCACUCUAGUGCAAGACAAUAUCGACGUUAGGUACUUCCAAGGGAAAAUUACCAUCUGUACAAAUGCCAUCAGGAAUUGUGUGGCAUCAUAGUUUCAUUUUUUUAUGAAACUGAUUUUUAUGAACUUCCAUUGAAAUUCGAACUAUUGUAUUGUAAGUGUUUUAUUCGGCUUAUAAAAUUAAUUUUGUAUACGAUAAAAACAUUUUAAUUGAAUACAAACGAAAACGGCAGCACUUCGAUGCAGAGAAUCGCUUGAAAAGCUCUUCGGGGUUACAUCACAUACACUCAACAAAAUAAUAUAUCAAUUUAAAGUUUAAACAAAUUGAGUCGAUUUCAAAUUUAGACAUACAUUUUCGGUUUUUAUACUGUAAACAACAAAAAUAUAUUUUUUUGUUUGUAAGUAUUAUUUUAUAAUCAUAUAGACUGGAACUUUAAAAAUUUGCAUUACAUAUAUAAAAUACAUACUUUUUUAAAUUAUA